UUCUCACUCAGCAUUUCUCUUGAGAUUAAUAAGUUAAUAUUGGAUUUAAUUUUGUGUUGACUUGAAAACAAAGCAAUCCACUGUCCCAGUCCACACCCAUCUAGCCGUUCGAUCCCAAAGCUGCACGAAUCGGACGGUGGCCAUUGCUCCAAUGCAGAACCGUUUCGGUGCAGCGUCAUCUCCUUCCUGAGAACGAACGAAGCAGAGACAAACCUUCCUAUCACUCACUUUCUCUUCAACGACACAAAAAAAAAAAAAAACUCAAACCAAACCCUAAUUCUCCGAAAUUAGAUUCCUUUCGGGUAAGUUCUUCCCUAAAUCCACGCCUCCUGCAGACCCAGAUCGCUUUUUUUCCUUCUAUCUAAUUCUCCGCCACCAAAUUUGCGAUCUUUCUGUGCUUCCGAAUCAUGGAGAAUGAGGAGAACGAACCCCACAUUCAGAAAAGUGGCGGCGAAAGCGAAGACGCUGAACCCAUAGAGCUCGUUCUCUUUCAAGUGCCCGAGUGUUACGUCUACAUAAUACCUCCAAGAAUGACUGCAGCUUCAUACAGGGCUGAUGAAUGGGAUGUCAACAAAUGGGCAUGGGAAGGGAUAUUGAAAGUCACUAGCAAGGGAGAAGAAUGCAUCAUAAAACUUGAAGAUAAGAGCACAGGUGAAUUAUAUGCUCGGGCAUUUUUAAGAAAUGGAGAGCCGCAUCCAGUGGAACCUGUUAUUGACAGCAGCAGAUACUUUGUUCUUCGCAUAGAAGAGAACAUAGGUGGUCGCCUUCGACAUGCUUUUAUUGGCAUAGGAUUCCGAGAAAGAACAGAGGCGUAUGACUUCCAAGCUGCCUUGCAUGAUCAUAUGAAAUAUCUAAACAAAAAGAAAACUGCUGAAGAGAUGGAACAACAUUACCAGCAAACUUCCUCAGUUGAUUACAGUCUGAAAGAAGGAGAGACUCUUGUACUACAAAUUAAGACCAAUAAAAGUGGCAGCAGUGUGAAGUCCAAGUUUUUUGAGCUGGGUCUGAACAAAUCCCCAGAAGAAAAGAAUGGGGGGAAAGAAUCUAUACCUAGUAUUAAGCUAUCACCUCCUCCAGCACCACUUUCACCUGUUUUCGGCACGCAGAAGUCUCCAACAAACUCACCUACAAAUCUCAGCCUUGAGAAAACUAAUAUAGUUGAGACUCCUAAAACAGUUAAAGACACAGAACCUGAGGAUUCUCCUGAAAAACAAAGCACAGAGGAUGUACUAGAUGAUGAUUUUGGCGAUUUCCAAGCAGCAGGUUAAGCUAUCCAUUGCCGUGUGUUUUUGAAUUUGUGAUGAUUAGAAAACAUGCAAAAUUGUUGAUUCCUUGAACAUCUGGUAUAUACCAAAGACUUCUGAUUCAGCUUGGAGAAUCAAUUAUGUCAUUCCAGAAAGUAAAUCCUACAUAGCCACCAACAAAAUAUCAUUAAAGAAUCAACCUAUAUGCUCUGUAAUCGGUGAUUGUUCUAGUUGCACUGCGGGUUACUACUACGAGAGUUUUUCCUUCAUCUUGAGUCAAUUUAUUUCAGUUUUAUGCUUUGUUUAUAUUUCUGAGUUGGGAUGCCUCAGUAGUCAAUUUAGUAGUACAUCAUAAAUGGGGUUCAUAGCUUUGUUGAUAGCAUAAUUGCUGAUUUGCUGUUAUGAUGAAUGAACAACAUUGAGCGUUUUGAACUUGUGGAGUUGUUCCUUGUGCUUUAUACCCUAAGAGGAUUUGCUAAAGGCCUUUUCAGUCUCA